AUGUGUGCAGAGCAGAGCUACGGGGAGGUGAACCAGAGCUACGGGGAGGUGAACCAGCUCGGCGGCCUCUUCGUUAACGGCCGCCCGCUGCCUCACGCGCUCCGGCUGCGGAUCGUGGAGCUCGCGCAGCUCGGCAUGCGGCCCUGUGACGUCAGCCGACAGCUGCGCGUGUCUCACGGCUGCGUGUCCAAGAUCCUGGCCCGGUACCACGACACCGGCUCCGUCCUGCCCGGAGCCAUCGGAGGCAGCAAGCCCCGGGUCACCACCCCCGCCGUGGUCCGCAGCAUCCGGGACUACAAGCAGGGAGACCCGGGCAUCUUCGCCUGGGAGAUCCGGGACCGGCUGCUGGUCGACGGCGUGUGUGACAAGUUCAACGUCCCGUCUGUGAGCUCCAUCAGCCGGAUCCUCAGGAACAAGAUCGGGGCCUUUUCUCAGCAGCAUGAGGGCAAACAAGGCCCGGGGCCGGUCCAGUACGGACCCGUUUACUCAUACUCCUCCUAUGCGGGGGCAGCAGGGACUCACACCGGGACUACCGCAGCAGGGCAUGCGGGACUACCCCGGACCUGGACCAACAUCCUGGGUAUCAGAGCCCUCAUGGAACCGACAGCUCUGUCUGGAUGUGACGGACAUGCAGCCAAAAUGGAGGACUGGACCAGUAUGACCAGUGUGAGAGCGAUUCCCUCUGGAUUGAACGUACUGGAGAAAACUGGCGAGCAAGAGCUGAAAUACACACAUCAGUCUGCGUCCAGUCUGCCCAGUUAUGUCUCAGCGUGUGCGUAUUCUCCAGCUAACCAGUACGGCCUGUAUGGAGCUUCAGCAGCAAACUACAUGAGCACUGGACCCCGCUGGCAGCCUCAGUCCUCCAGUAUAACUCCCAGUAUGAGUCCCAGUAUGAGUCCCAGUAUGAGUCCCAGUCUGACUCAGAGUCCGUCUCUUAAACUCCCACAGAGCCACGACGAAAGGAAACCUCAGACACACGUGUACAGACGUCACCAUGCUGCUCACAGAUUAUCUCCAGCGUCGUGA